AUGAUAGAGAGGUCUGUGCCCUUGUGUGUAGAGCUCAGUGAGGGACCUGCCCCCAGCCUUUCGCCAUAUCUUGCUGACUGGCUUGCUCUGACUGCCAUAGAAACGGGGUGCUUAAGUGUGGUGGAGGCUCAUUCUGCCUGGGCGCUGCUGAGCGUAAGCAUCACAGGGAUCAAGGAGGAGAGAGAGGGAAAGUGUGAGAAGAAAGAUACAAGUAUUGACAUCGCUGUUGGCUUCCCCAUCGGUGUGAUAAUAGCGUGUGGCUUGGCGCUGCUGUUGCUCGCUGCAUUCGUCUCCUGGAAGCUGUGCUGGGUCCCCUGGAGGAGCAAAGCCCUCUCGUCAAGUUCUGCAGCCCUUGCCCCUGACGACUGCCCCUCAUUUCAUUUACCAUCUCUUCUGCCCAGUCCUCAGCCGUCUGAGGUCACUAUGGCGACUGACAAGGAAAAGUAUCCUAUGGCGUCAAUGGGCUUCCUGGAGGCAGCUGUUAAAAUAAGUCACACCUCUCCCGACAUCCCUGCCGAGGUGCAGCUCUCCAUGCGGGAACACUUCUUGCGCCGGACGCAGCGCAUGCAAAGACAGACCACAGAGCCAGCGUCAUCCACCAGGCAUAGCUCCUUCAAACGUCACCUUCCCCGUCAAAUGCAGGUCAUGAGUCUGGACCUGGGAGAUGACUAUGAUGUGGAUGAGCAGCCAACCAGCAUUGGCCGUAUCAAGCCUGAACUCUACAAGCAAAUGACUACAGAAAACGAUGAAUCUGGCAAUAGUAAAGGCGGCAAAAACUGUGGCAAAAUCAGCUUUUCCCUCCGCUAUGACUAUGAGAACGAGAUGUUACUUGUCAAGAUACUCAAAGCAUUUGAUCUCCCAGCCAAAGAUCUUUGUGGCAGCUCUGACCCGUAUGUCAAAAUCUACCUGCUGCCAGAUCGGAAGCAGAAGUUCCAGACACGAGUCCAUCGUAAAACACUCAACCCCACAUUUGACGAGUCCUUCCAGUUUCCGGUACCCUAUGAUGAGCUUCCCAUCAGGAAGCUCCAUCUCACUGUUUUCGACUUCGACAGGUUCUCACGGCACGAUAUGAUCGGGGAAGUCAUCCUGGACAAUCUGUUUGAAGAGUCUGAUCUCUCAAGGGAGACCUCCAUCUGGAAAGACAUUCAGUAUGCUACCUCUGAGAGCGUGGACCUUGGGGAGAUUAUGUUCUCACUCUGCUAUCUACCCACGGCAGGCAGAUUAACACUCACUGUCAUCAAGUGCAGGAACCUAAAGGCAAUGGACAUAACAGGAUACUCAGAUCCUUAUGUGAAAGUAUCCCUCAUUUGUGACGGAAGACGUCUGAAAAAGAAGAAGACCACAACAAAGAAAAACACCCUGAAUCCCACUUAUAAUGAGGCCAUUAUCUUUGACAUCCCUCCCGAGAGCAUGGACCAAGUCAGCUUGCACAUCUCGGUCAUGGACUAUGACCUAGUGGGGCACAAUGAGAUAAUUGGUGUGUGCCGUUUGGGCAGUGGUGCUGAAGGCUUAGGUAGAGACCACUGGAAUGAGAUGCUCGCAUACCCCCGUAAGCCAAUUGCACACUGGCACUCCCUGCUGGAACCUAAGAAAUUAGAAAAAGAGUGGAAAGCUAGAACGGCCAGUUUUGACAGUCAGGGGUCCUGUCCCUCCCCCAAACCUCCUGCCAGCCCUUGAUCAGAGCCAUAUGUGAAACUUCAGGCUUGGCAUCCUCCGUUUGUCACUCUGAUGAAAACGAGAGCCCUGCUAUUUCCAUUUUCUGCUAUGGGUUGUUUUAGAUGGGUCCCAAACACUGAUCUAAGAUCUUUACCCUGAUGUUCCUCAUGUUCCAGUCUGUACAAUCCUCUGUCAAAUCUUUGGGAGUGCUUUACAAACCUCUGUACCUAGAAUAUUCUACAAAGCCAGCGUUGUGUUCUUAGAAUAGCUUGGUAUCGUCAGCAGAGAUGUUUCCUUCCUAUAUGAAUUUUCCCCUAGCAUCUAAAUUCCGAUCCAAUGUUCUGCAAGCGGUCUACAUGCAAACAGAGGUUUCUGCACAACACUGCAAGGCUCUUUGUAGAUGGCUCUGUUCAGAUCUUAAGAUCAGCUAUUGGAAGUACUAAGAAUGAGGUCAGAAAGAUAAAAUAUUGAGGGAAAGGACAAGUUUGAGUGAGAAAAGGGAAGAGAAUGGAUUUGUCAUGUGCUGUAUACUGAGAACAAACCAUUUUCUCUGUCAAAUCCUUAUGUGAAACCUAUGUGAAGGUACACGUUUUAAGAAGAAUAUUGAAAUAUUUAUCAGUUUAUAGAUGUUAUAUAAAUGUUAUGUGUAAAAAGAGUCUAAAUUUAUCAGAGCACAACACAUUUUUCCUAUCCAUUCAUUUCUUGCCAAAACAAAAGACGGUUUACAUGUAAAGUUCCUGUUCACACACAAAAACACUUCACAUGUAGCUUAAUAAAUUUAUGUGAUUGAGAUCGGCGAAUACAAAAGUGCUGAAAUAUUCAUAGAGAUCUGAUUUGAUUUAUGUGGGUUUUAUUCACUUUAUGAAACAGCAUUUAAAGAAGUACAGACUGCUUUCAAUAGCCAUUCAACUCCUCUUUGAAUCCUCCUGCUGUUUCUAAUGUUGACAUAUCGUUCAUCUUUUGGCAUGUAAUUUCAUUGUGAGUUAAAUUGGACUGUCAAAGUUUUACGUAUUUUGACAUAUUGUCUGAGAAAAUGUCUUGAGUAAACAAUGUAGGCUCAAAUGUAUCAAAUAUAUUCAUAUUCUGUACUGUAUAAAAGAGCAGGGAUAACUUUACAACUAAUAUUCAUCUUCAGAUUCAUAUUUUUCAUUUGCUUGUUUGAUUUGACAUAAAAAAAUUAUGUGUAGAAAACAGGGAUAUUUGAAAUGAUGUGAAUUUAUAUCUGUAUAACAACACAAUUUAAUGUAUAACUGUCAACUGAUCAGUUUCUUUAAAUACAAUUCAAAGUAAUGCCAUUUUACCCAAUAAUAAUUGUUAUAAUAUUUAAUGCUCAACAAAGCUAAACAGAGCAAUCAAAAUAAUAUUAUUUCUCUUUGAAUUUUGUAUGUCAUAAAUGAUUGAACAAAAUUCAAAGAUUUCAUUGCCCGCAAUAUUUAAUUUGUUUAUCCCUGUGGUUUCUAUCUUGUUGUUUUACAUGGUUAUUCAUUCGUAACACAGUUUAACUUAGAAUUUCAAUUUAACAGAGAACCCCUGCUAAAUUAUGAUUACUGUAGUUAAUAUUUCUCCUGUCAUUACAAAAUCAAACAUAGUGCAGAUUCUGGAAAUUAAUGACAUAAAUGCACAGAAAUGACAUUGAUUCAGAACUUCCCUUAAAAGUCCUGGACAUACAGUAUGUCUCAAAUAAAAAAGACAGAGAAGUCAAUGCAUGUAUAAGUGCACAGGAGAUGACCCUUGAUAGGACAACCUACUAUGCAGGAAGUUCAUUGUCACAGAUGGUGGGCACAGCUCAAGAUACCAGAACAAUGACUUUACAAUGAUCUCCAUUUAGUUUUGCUGAAAUAUCUUAAAACAUACAUGGUACUUGGGCCCCUUUUUGCAUAAUGCCCUCCAUCGUCUCAUUGGGUAUCUGUUAAGCUUUAAAUAUUUCUAUAUAGUAAAAUAGAUUUAAUAUUUUGACAGAAUCUUAAAAAAAAAAAUCCAAGUUAACUUGUUAAAGAAAUGGUUGUGACAAAAUACAACUUUUUGGUCCUGUUUUUAGAAUAUCACCAAUGUUGUAAUACUCAGAUAAAAGUGUUUCUGUAGGUGAAUGUAAAGUUAAUAAGGUUUAGAUCUGGUUCUUUACCUCACUAACUCUUGUGUGCUGGUGUUUUAACAACCUGUUUUUGCCCCCUUGUGAAUCUGAAAAACUUUCUAAUUUUGUAUUGAUCAUUUGUACAUGCAAUAUAACUUGUAAUGUUUGAAAGAGUUCUUGUAUUUCAAAAAUGCCAAAAUAAAAUGUUGGUUCAGCC